CAGUACUUUCACUGGAAACCAGACUCAAACCAGUUUUCAUAAUUAAUUCUACAAUCAUGCUAAUUUCUUCUAUAAAUAUAGGUUAGUUUCAGAUAGUUAGUUAGAGAAAAGAGAAAGAGAGAUAGAGAUUCGUUAGUCGUGAAAAAGUCUUGUAACUACUAAGACUUGUGAGCGUCAAUAAAGAUCCCGUGGAAACUCUAACCAUAGUCUCCCCGACUUCACGACAAAUACGAUAAUUAAUCACAGCUUUAUGGUUGCUAUUAGAGGAAAUCAAAUAAGACAACUUGAAAUUUGGGGUUUUCCCUAAGCUGUAAGAGAGUGAAUGCCUUACGUAUUCGAUAGUAAUUGGUCGAAAACAAAUCGUGAACUAGCUACAAUGAAUGACGUUUAUGAUCUGUUGGAUCUCAUUUUCACAUUAUAUUAACCCUACUCGUCUUUCAUGAGACUCAUACAGUGCUGAUACUACCAAACUGACGAGUUGAAAUACUAUACUCCACAAUCAACAUGAACACUUUUAUCAUUCUGACGUUUGCUCUGAUGUUUGCUUUCGUUCCUGGAAGCGACGAGGCAACAACAGCACCCGUCACGAACUACGCUGCACUGGCCACAUGCCUUAAGGUGUCCAGUCCCUUAACAGCCACGGCCACAAAGAUUCUAGACCACGUGACUGUUAACCAGUAUAUCAUUGUUCCACCCUCUGGUCUUCUAAGCUCCAACUCAAAUAGGCAAUCUACGACGACUGUAAGUAGCAAAGGCUGUCCUUUCGUGUGGAGAACAGACUUUGAUAACAACAGACGCCCAUCUAUCUUGCUCAAGGCCGUCUGUCCCACAAGUAACGCAAUCUGUACUAAAUGUCACGCAAUAACCUAUGGUCACCGAGUGUUGAAGUAUAAAUGCAAUGCAUUAUGGGACUGGGCUACAGUGAAUCUUCCUGUUGCGUUUGUACGAGUUUGACAGCGGGAAACCGGAUCCUGGAAUAAUCAACGAAAGUUAUAGAAACUAAAACAUAAUGUGAAUAAUUAAUAUUUAAAAAUGGAACCUGAUCUAUGCCUGUCUUUGGACUAACUCUAUUUAACUCUCAUCAUGAACUGUCAAAUAUUUCUGUGCUCUAAAAACAUGAAUUAUUUAAGCUAAAAAAUGCAGAAUUUUGUGUCCCUACCCGAAUUACUAUUUCCCUUGAUAGAAUCAAAAUAAAUAGAUAUUAUAUUCACUA